AGUCUAAUUAAAAUAAAUUAAAAUUUAAUUACCUGAAUAAAUUUGAGUACAAAUUCAAUGAUUAAAGAUGAAAUUUACUCGAAUAUUUUGGCAGGCCUCCACCAAUGUGGGUGCCAUGAGGCAGUAACUGGUUGGACAACGGCCUCACAACCGUGGGACCAAAAACUACUGUUCUAAACUUGCAAUAAUGAAUCGUGCCUGUCUCCUUAAAGGCUUAAGAAGAGAGUCACAGGAGCAAAGCAUUAUGCAUCAUCACUCACCCGUUCUUCAAACCACCGGAAAUCAAAGUCAUGGAAGCACUACACAUCACAACACGAACUGCCUCAACGUGUUUUAAAUUAGGUAGUACUAUAAAAACGAAGAAAAAAAACAAUUCCGCCGAAUCUGCUAAAAUAUCUUCCUCUCUUGGUUGCCGCCUACAAAGUCUUGGCUUUCACGUCCUUUCGGAUUGAAUGCUUCCUUUCUUCCAAAGUUCAUGACUUUGGAUUUAAAAUAAAACAAUAUUGUAAAAAAACAGUAAACUCACUUCACUGUGAGCUGUUUUUCAUUUAUUUUAUUGCUACGUUUCUUUUUGUUGUUGUUAUUGACGGGAAGUCAAAACACAUAAGACAAGAGAUACUCAUCCCCCUACCCCUAUUUGAGACUGCAUCCCUCUUUCUCUCUUCUCUUUCUGUCCCCAAAAUCUUGCAUCUAAUUACGUCAAGCUUCUUUUUCUUUUUAUCAGUUGAGGAAAAAAAGAGCUUUUUUUGUUGGUAUUUUACUAUAUUGGUCGAUAUUAUCAACGAAUAAAGAUCCUUCUUUUUCUUUUUCUUCUUUUUUUUUUUCCUAUAAGUAAGAAAGACUUUCUUAAAGAUGGGAUUUUCAGAUACUUUUUGUUGCAGUGGAGCUGAACCCAUUUCUCUGCCUAUGCUUGUUUUUACUUUACUUAUAUGACAAAGAUAACAAGGAUGGAAUCCAAAAAAGAGAAACUAGUGAGGUUCAACAACAAUGGCAGUACUCAUCUAGAGAAGCCACUGCCAGUAUACAAAGCAACAGCCCCUUGGUUGAAAACUGAAGGAGGUGUUAGUGAUAGAAAUGAUAGUAGCACAAUUCCCAAAUUUGGAAAAUUUAAGGUUUUUCCAGAGGAUCAUGAGCCAUGGAGGGAGAGAAUUCUAGAUCCUAGUAGUGAAAUUUUCUUGCAAUGGAACAGGAUUUUUCUCAUCUGGUGCUUAGUAGCUCUAUUUGUUGAUCCAUUGUUUUUCUACCUGCCUUCAGUAAUCAACAAAGACACUACAUCUUGUAUGGAUACUGAUUUGAAUUUAGGAAUUGUUGUGACAUGCUUCCGGACACUUGCUGAUGCAUUUUACAUAUUGCAUAUAAUCAUCAAGUUCCGGACAGCUUAUGUGUCGCCUACCUCCAGAGUAUUUGGGAGGGGUGAACUUGUCACUGACCCAGAUAUGAUUGCCAUGCGGUAUUUGAAAUCAGAUUUCUUCAUAGAUCUAGUGGCUGCACUCCCUCUUCCUCAGAUGGUGAUAUGGUUCAUUAUACCAGCAAUUAGAAGCUCCCAUGCUGAUCAUACAAAUAAUGCACUCGUGUUGAUUGUUCUGCUCCAGUAUGUUCCCCGAUUGUAUUUGAUCUUCCCUUUAAGCUCUCAGAUUAUCAAAGCCAAUGGAGUUGUCACAAAGACUGCCUGGGCUGGGGCUGCAUACAAUCUCUUACUUUACAUGUUAGCUAGCCAUGUAUUAGGGGCAUCAUGGUAUUUACUGUCAAUUGAACGACAUGCAACAUGUUGGAAAUCUGAAUGCAGAAAGGAGACUGGCCCUCUGAUAUGCAAUCCUCAUUACCUUGACUGUGGCACAUUGAAUGAUGUUGGACGCCAUAAAUGGGAAAACAGUACUGUCGUGUUCAGCAACUGUGAUCCCAACAAUAAUAUUAGUUUUGACUAUGGGAUUUUUGAAAUUGCUUUGACAAAGCAAGUAUUCUCCUCAGGCUUCCUUAAAAAAUAUUUAUAUUGUCUAUGGUGGGGUUUGCAGAAUUUGAGCUCCUAUGGACAGUCAUUAAACACAAGCACAUUUAUGGGGGAAACCUUGUUUGCCAUACUGAUUGCCAUCUUGGGUCUGGUUCUGUUUGCCCAUUUAAUUGGAAAUAUGCAGACCUACCUACAAUCUAUCACUGUAAGACUGGAGGAGUGGAGGCUCAAGCGGCGAGACACUGAGGAGUGGAUGAGACAUCGCCAACUCCCUCAAGAUCUGCGAGAACGUGUUCAGCGUUUUGUUCAGUACAAGUGGUUUGCAACUCGAGGUGUGGAUGAAGAAUCAAUCUUACGAGCCUUACCUCCAGAUCUCCGUCGAGAUAUCCAAUGUCAUCUAUGCUUGGACCUUGUCCGGCGUGUCCCCUUUUUCUCACAGAUGGAUGAUCAGCUACUAGAUGCCAUAUGUGAGCGCUUAGUGUCCUCCUUAAGUACUCAAGGAACCUACAUAGUUCGAGAAGGUGACCCUGUCACAGAGAUGCUUUUUAUAAUCAGAGGGAGGCUAGAGAGUUCAACUACAAAUGGAGGCCGGACAGGUUUCUUCAAUUCAAUUAAUCUGAGACCAGGUGACUUUUGUGGUGAGGAGCUACUUUCAUGGGCACUGCUUCCAAAAUCUUCUGUGAACUUGCCUUCCUCCACAAGAACAGUAAGAGCUCUGGUUGAAGUUGAAGCCUUUGCAUUAAGAGCAGAAGAUCUCAAAUUCGUGGCCAAUCAGUUUCGACGUCUUCAUAGCAAAAAGCUGCAACACACCUUUCGUUAUCAUUCCUACCAUUGGAGGACAUGGGGUGCCUGCUUCAUUCAAGCAGCUUGGCGUCGACACACGAAGAGAAGGAUGGCCAGGAACCUUAGCAUGAUGGAAUCCUUCUCAUAUACUCCUGACGAGCAAGUUGCUGAUGAAACGGAACGAGAGGAAAAACAGACUCUUGCAUCUUCAAAUUCUUCCCAAGUAAAACAGAAUUUAGGUGUCACAAUACUAGCUUCAAGGUUUGCAGCAAAUACACGGCGAGGAGCUCAGAGGAUGAAGGCUGUUGAAAUGCCCAAGUUGCAAAAGCCCGAAGAGCCAGAUUUCUCAGCAGAGCCAGAUGAUGAGUAGUUUUCCAACCCUUAUCUGUAAUGGUAGUUGAUGGAAAAUCCCCAUUGCAUAUGGUUGAACAUACAUGGCUCAUAAUAGUUGAAAAGCCCGUUGGAGGAAGCAACUGGUCUAUGUGAAGUACGACGAGUGUUAUGUUUUUUAGCCUACAGUCUUUAUGUAACACAAUUGUUCUAACAAGUCAUUAUGUAGUACAAUUUAAAUGUCAUAAUACUACCAUCAGCAAUUUCAAACAGGGAAAGUUAAUAUAUGAUAGAAUUCAAAAGUUUAGCAGGCU